GUUCAAGGUAUACUAGUUUGGGAUUGAACAUGUCAAAUUUUGCCUUCUGUGACUCUUCCCUCUCCUAUGAUGUAAGGGCUAAGGAUUUGGUGAACCAUAUGACGCUUCAUGAAAAGGUGAAGCAGCUUGGAGAUAAUGCUUAUGGGGUGCCUAGACUGGGCCUCCCUAAAUAUGAGUGGUGGUCUGAAGCCCUCCAUGGUGUGUCCGAUAUUGGUCCAGGAACCUUCUUUGAUGAUCUUGUUCCUGCUGCAACUAGCUUCCCCACAGUAAUCCUCACAACAGCUUCUUUUAACGAGUCUUUGUGGAGAAAUAUUGGUCAGGUUGUUUCAACAGAAGCAAGGGCAAUGUACAACCUCGGUAGAGCUGGAUUAACUUAUUGGAGUCCAACGAUUAAUGUUGUAAGGGAUCCUCGAUGGGGAAGAACUACCGAAACACCUGGAGAAGAUCCUUUCAUUGUUGGCACGUAUGCUGCUAAUUACGUGAGAGGGUUGCAGGAUAUCGAGGGAACUGAGAAUUACGAAGAUUUGAACUCUAGACCUCUCAAAGUCUCCUCAUGUUGCAAGCACUUUACUGCAUAUGAUGUUGACGAUUGGAAAGGAGUUGAACGCUACACUUUCGAUGCUAGAGUGACAGAACAAGAUAUGAUAGAGACCUUCCUUCUACCCUUUGAGAUGUGUGUUAAAGAAGGUGAUGCAAGCUGUGUUAUGUGCUCUUACAAUCGUGUUAAUGGUAUACCUACUUGUGCUGAUCCGAAACUCUUGAACCAAACUAUCAGAGGAGAUUGGAAUCUUCAUGGAUAUAUAGUUUCAGAUUGUGAUUCUAUUGAAGUAAUGGUUGAUGAUCAAGAAUUUCUUUCUGACACAAAUGAGGAUGCAGUUGCACAAACACUUAAAGCAGGACUGGAUUUGGAUUGUGGGAUUUACUACACCAAUUUCACUCAAAAUUCAGUGCGGCAAGGGAAGGCAAGGGAGGAAUACAUAGACAGGUCACUAACAUACCUUUAUGUGGUGCUGAUGAGGGUAGGCUUCUUUGAUGGAAGCAAUAAAUUCGAAUCUCUUGGCAAGGAUGAUGUGUGUAAUAAGGAGCACAUUGAAUUAGCUGCUCAAGCAGCAAGAGAGGGAAUUGUUCUCCUCAAGAAUGAUAAUGAAACUUUGCCAUUGAGCUCUGACAAGAUCAAAAAACUGGCUGUUGUUGGACCACAUGCUAAUGCCACAGAAGCUAUGAUUGGAAAUUAUGCAGGUGUUCCCUGCAGAUUUAUCUCUCCUAUUGAUGGCUUUUCAAGAUAUGCAAAUGUGGAUUAUAAAAUUGGAUGUGAUGUGGCUUGUAAGAAUGAGAGUUUGAUAUUCCCAGCUAUGAAAGCUGCAAAAAGUGCUGAUGCCACUAUAAUAGUAGCAGGUAUAGACUUAUCAAUUGAGGCUGAAAGCUUGGAUAGGGAAGAUCUCCUCCUUCCUGGUUACCAAACUCAAUUUAUCAACCAGGUUGCCAGUAUUUCGAAAGGUCCUGUUAUUCUUGUAAUCAUGUCAGCCGGAGGCGUAGAUAUCUCUUUUGCUAAGAGUAAUAUUAGUAAUAUCAAAGCCAUUUUGUGGGCUGGAUACCCUGGAGAGGAAGGUGGUCUUGCCAUAGCAGAUGUUGUUUUCGGCAAAUAUAACCCUGGAGGAAGAUUACCGGUUACCUGGUAUGAAGCUGAGUAUGUGGAUCAGCUUCCCAUGACAUCUAUGCAGCUGAGACCAGAUGACAGGUUAGGAUACCCGGGUCGAACAUAUAAAUUCUUCAAUGGUUCCACUGUUUACCCUUUUGGGUAUGGACUCAGCUACACCAAGUUCAAGUACAGUUUAACAUCCUCAUUCCCAUCAGUUCACUUUAAACUGAACAGAUUUCAGCACUGCUACCAAUUAAGAUACGAAACCGACGCCUUUAGGCCUCCAUGCCCUGCAGUUCUAACAGACCAUUUGCCCUGUGAUGAUCAUCAUUUCAAUUUCGAAGUUGAAGUAAAAAACGUAGGUUCCAGGGAUGGGAAUGAAGUUGUCAUUGUCUACUCCAAGCCCCCAGAAGGAAUCGUGGGUGCUUAUAUUAAGCAGGUGAUUGGUUUCAAGAGGGUGUUUGUUCUAGCUGGAAGCAGCGUGAAGUUUAAGUUUAGGCUUAACCUAUGCAAGAGCUUGCAUCUCAUAGACUAUAACGCAUACUCUGUUCUGCCAUCAGGAGGGCACACCAUUGUAGUUGGUGAUGAUAUAGCUUCUUUUCCCCUUCAAAUCAGCUUUAGUUCAGUAGAGGGGUAUUAUUAGCACAUAGUUUUUCCAAGGGAAUAAAAUUAGUAGAAAUUGUUAAUUAAUUAUAAUUACCUAUUGCAUAUCAAUUACAAGAUUUUCCUGCACCUGAACAUGGUUGAAGACUUCAUGCUUGCUGCUAACCCACCCCAAUUUUCAACUUCUAAUUAAUGAUAAUCCAAGGAAGGUAAUGAAACUCUUCAGUGAGUCAAAAGUGCUUAACCUAUAGCUAUUUCUAGAAUUAUUAGAUCUCAAAUUCAAAUCUUAUUAGUUGUGUAAUUAAAAAAAAAAUAAAAAUAUCUUUUAGAUUACAUUAAGAUGGGUGGAAUUAUCAAGUGGGAGAAAAUAGUUUAGACAAGGAUAUGCAAAUGUUGAACAUGAAAGCUCUUUUAUACAAUUCGUGUUUGACAAUAAUAGAUAAUUAUUAUGGGGUGGAUUUUAGACAAUUAUAUGAGUGAGUUGUAAAAAUUUAUAACUAUUUUUUUUUUAAUUUAAAACAU